AUGGCCCUCUCUGGAGAGAGUAAAGUCUCCCUCAGGGAACAUGUGUCUUCACCACCCCAGGAAACGGCUCCCCAGUCGCCGUUGACAGCUAUCAAACAAUCUCCGAAGAUCUUGGGAUAUUGUUUAGCUCUGGCGUCCGGUAUCCUGCUCUUCGGAUAUGACUUGGUCAUUGUGGGAAAUGUGUCCGCCAUGCCAGAGUUCCAACGCGAUUUCGGUCGUCGACUAAACGGGAAACUUAUCAUCCCUUCUCUAUGGCUCGGUCUAUGGGAUGUAGCUAGUCCUCUGGGGGGUCUCUUUGGGGCUUUAACUGCGGGCUUCAUGCAGGAUCGUGUCGGGCGUCGCUUCUGCUUAGCCUUUGCGGGCUUAUUAUCAGCAGCUGCAGUCGCAGUCGCGUACGUUUCGAAUCUCCCGAAUGACAUUGACGCACGCAGAGCAGUCUUCCUAACCGCGAAGCUGGUCCAAGGCCUCGCCAUCCAUAUAAUCUCAUGUACGACACAAACGUAUAUGUCGGAAGUUUUGCCUGCCGUGUUGAGAGGCCCGAUUCUUGCCUUUUUCCCAAUAUUCAUCCUCCUGGGGCAGCUGGUAGGAAGCAUAGUGGUUUAUACGUCUUUAGAUAUUGAGGGGAGUAGGGGAUAUAGGAAUUGCUUCAUCUCACAGUGGCCGUUUUCCGCAUUGCCUCUGCUAGUUGCAGUGAUUCUUCCUGAGAGCCCGACGUACCUUAUUCGGAAAAACCGCAUGAACGCUGCUCGCAAAUCGCAGCGACGGCUGGACUCUAGCGACGUCGAAUCGGAAAAGAAUUUCGAGCAACUGCGCUCGUUCAUUGAAAAGGAAAACCAAGACGCUACCAGCAAUGCAACGGGGUACCGUGACUGUUUCAGAGACGUCGACCGUCGUCGGACAUUGAUCGUCAUGUUUGCAAAUCUCAUUUCCUCGUUUUUCGGUCUGCCGCUUUUAUCCAAGAGCAGCUAUUUCUUACAAAUAGUCGGCAUGGAGCACCGUAGAAGCUUUGUGUUCCUGCAGGUUGGCCUAGGACUAGGGCUGGUGGCCAAUAUACUCAGUAUGCAGACGCUGACCAUGUUUGGCCGUGUGCCUCUCAUCAUCGCGAGUCUGGUGAUCUCAGCCUUCGCGUGGAUGGGGAUGGGGAUUGCUGGCUGCUUCCCGGGGACUGUUAGCGCCUGGUACACGGGCGUCACACUAGUCUUCAUAAUCACAGUCUGCGGUAUUGGUGCAUGGCCAGCAUCCUAUGCUGUCGGUGGAGAAACAUCGUCGCUGCGAUUACGUGCCAAGACGCAGGGGUUGGGCUGGUUCGUCACUGGGCUAUCCAGUGCUGUGUUCAACCUCACCUUGCCGUAUAUUUUCAAUCCCGACGAGGGGGCGUUGCGUGGAAAGACAGCCUUUAUGUUCGCAGCACUCUGUAUCAUCGCAAUGGCGGGGACAUGGUUCUUUGUGCCUGAGAUGAAAGAUCGGACGCCCAGCGAGAUUGAUGAUAUGUUCGAAGCAGCUUUACCUGCGCGGCAGUUCAGAAAGUGGUCUCGAACCAGUGGAGAUCAGCUCUCUUCUGAGCAGUCUCCAUGAUCAAUCAACGUGUGCGGCCAGCUUCGCAGCUUAUAACUGAAUACCCUGGCUAGGCUGAAGUUGCGCGAGCAUACCUGACAAGUAACAUCGUUUUCAUAAUCAAACCUUUUCUCAGUCUG